CAUUAAACCUAAUGUAGUAUAAUAUUCCCUGCUUUUAUUUGGCCGCCAUUACCUCCACGCUGGACAUAAUGGUGACCCCUAGUUUAAAUCGCGGUUAAUCCAAGUACUAUACAGCGAAUCACUGGUAAAUUUAAUAGCAUUUGCAACCCAGUACAUCGAGGAAUCGCCGCGUAUCCUGAUUUAGGCCGGGAGAGCAACGUUACCACGUAGGUUGCAACCGCGUGGGGCUCCGCCGACCUGAAGAAGCUGGAGAGGUGACUAGGAGGCGGCCACACCUCUCGAUCGAGCAGCCUGAGCGAAGGCGCCGACCGAGCCACCAAAGCGGGACCACGUGCGUCGCACCGCAGCCCGCGCAGGGAACGACGACCGCAACUACCAAAGGGACCACGUGGGUGGUACCACACCAGAGGCAGAAGGAGUGCCCAAGCGAGGGCAAUCACCACGCGCACGAGCUUCGACCGAGAAGGCAAGUGAGCUGGCAAUUCCUAACCUAUUUACCAAAUUUCCCUACCAAAUUCAACUGUAAUCGCUUAACCACCCUACCAAUUGUAAAUUGUAAUCGUUUUUAAUCAUGGCUAACGAAACAGAAAUUUCCAAAAGAACCCUAGAAGAGUUAGAAAUUAGGCAGUUAAAAAAUAAACGAGGUGUCUAUAAGCGAAAACUAACUGUAUUUAAGAAAUUUAUAGAAAAAAUCGACUCAAGUGCAUUGACGGCCGAAAUAAUUGUAGACAUAAGUUUAAGACUAGAUCAAUUACCAAAGUUAUACAAUGAUUUCUCUGAGAUACAGGACCGGAUCGAGACACUGUGCAGCGAGGAAGGUGACAUCGAGGCCCAAGAGGCCGAACGUGAGUCUUUCGAGGACACAUUUUACCGACUUAGCGCUAAGGGCAAGCUGCUGGCGAAAAUAGAUGACGAAUCAAUACCAAAUGACCAUAGUCCCCAAGCCCCGCAGCAGCAGCCCCUCGGUGAGUCGAUAAAGUAUCCCGAAAUUAGCCUCCCUAGCUUUGAUGGAGACCUAACACAGUGGCUGCAGUUCCGAGACACAUUUGAUGCCCUAGUCAAUCAAGCUAGCUUGGCACCUAUUGUAAAAUAUAAAUACCUACGCAGUUGUUUACGAGACGGCGCACUUGAGGUAAUUAGUUCGCUCGAUUUCUCCGAGGAAGGGUACACGCUCGCAUGGCAGAUGCUUUGUGAACGUUAUAAUAAUCCUAAACGUUUAGUUUCUAACCACAUGCGAGCCUUGUUCGAUGUGGAACCUGUACCGUCAACUCCUUCAGGUCUUAGAGGACUUCAAAACCUUCCUAAAGAACCGAGCUGACCGGCUGGAAGCGACCAGCCCAGCAGUACCAUCGGACGCACCCAGCACUUCCAAGAAGGCCAUGGUAACCACGUCCGAACCUAUUAAGGUAACCUCCAAACAAUUUAAACCUAACCAGUGUCCAUAUUGUUCGAGUACGCAUUACAUUAACCAGUGUCCAAAGUUUAGUGCAUUAAACGUGAUCGCGCGAAUCCGAGCCGUGAAUAAAUUACGAUUAUGCUUUAAUUGUUUGUCCGGGACGCAUGUCUUAACAAACUGCAGGGCCAGUACAUGUCGAGUAUGCAAGGGCAGGCAUCAUACGUUACUACACAAACCAAAUACCAACACUCAUAUAGGUAGUAACCCCGCACCAACGCGAUUACCAAUCUCAACAUUAACCGACGAACAACCGAGUUCUAGUCAAAUCGAGACCGCCUUGUCUAAUAACACCCUGAUCGGAAAACAAGCAAACAAUACUCGAAAUAGGUCCGUUUUCCUCACAACAGCCCAAGUGCUUGUUAGGGAUAAGCAUAACAAUGUGCAUAAAAUGAAGGCAUUUUUAGACAAUGGCUCGCAAGAAAACUUUAUUACCCAAAACGCGGUAAAAAAGUUACAAUUACCUAAACAACAACAUGCCUUAAAUGUCAUAGGUUUCAAUGAAAAAGUGUCUACUGUCCUAGAAUCGUGUGACAUAACAUUGCAUUCCUUAGACGGAACCUUUACGACUAAUUUGUCCUGUUUUAUUUCGCCUACUGUUUGUACAACCAAUAUUGAAAUACCAAACGUGCAACGUUGGCACAUUCCGCCGCGUUAUAAAUUAGCAGAUGACGAAUUUAACUUAGCUCAAGAUGUAGAUUUGCUGAUCGGUGGCGAAAUAUUUUUCGAUUUACUUCUCACCGGUAAAUACUCGCUCGGGCCUGGAUUACCGGUUCUGAGACGCUCACGCCUGGGGUGGUUAGUUACGGGUCCCGUACAUAAAAAAUCCGAUUCUGCUAUUCAAUGUAAAAUUACAGUUGAAACCCAAUUAAAAAAGUUUUGGGAAAUAGAGGAGGGUUCCGCACCAAAUUUACCUUAUGAUGAAAAACAAUGUGAGGAUAUAUUUAUGAAAACCCACACUCACAACUCUGAAGGUAAUUUUGAAAUUGAACUUCCAUUAAAGCAGCCACCUACCAAGCUAGGUCAAUCUAGGCACAUAGCAUACCGGAGGUUCAAAACGUUAGAGACUAAGUUCGAGCGGAACCCCGAAUUUAAAGAUAAAUACGUGAAUUUCAUGCGCGAGUUCGAACAAGCUGGCCAUAUGAUUAAAUUACGAGAUAAUUAUGAUGGCCCAUGUAAUUUUCUACCCCACCAGGCUAUUUUUCGCGACUCCCCCUCUACCCCGAUUCGUAUUGUUUUUGACUGCUCAUGCAGGACCGAUAACGGCGUUUCAUUGAAUGAUAUCCAAUACAAAGGCUCAAUAAUACAGGACGAACUUAUAAAUAUACUUCUACGGUUCCGAAAGUACCAAUAUGUUAUUAACGCUGACAUACAAAAAAUGUACAGAUGUAUUUAUUUAAAACCAAAUCAAAAAUACCUACAAUGCAUAUUUUGGCGUGAAAAUACUCACCAACGACUCCAAAUUUAUAUGCUGACUACAUUAAGUUUCGGCUUAAAGUCAGCACCACAUAUUGCAACCAGAUGUUUGUUACAAUUGUCAAAGGAGAACCAACACACAUUUCCAGCAGCUGCAGAGGCCAUAGCGAACCAGUUCUACAUGGACGAUUUUAUCGCCGGCGGUGACGACGAGAAUCAGGUAGCCGAAACUGCAUCACAGGUGAACGAGAUCCUGCGAGGAGCCAACUUCACGCUGCGGAAAUGGAAGUCCAACUCCGAAGCCAUCAUAAAACGGGUGAGCGAAACACAUACACACCAAAACACAUCUACCACCGAAUUUGGAGAUAAAACACAUAAGGUCCUGGGUUUAGCGUGGUCUAGUGACUCAGAUGAGCUUAUGUAUACCAUUAAAGAAAACCAAAUUUCACACCCAAUCACCAAAAGAAAGGUACUAGGGGUAAUUUCGUCCAUUUUUGACCCCCUAGGCUUGACAGGACCAGUCAUUGUAGUAGCCAAAAUAUUUAUCCAAAAAUUAUUUAAGGCUCAAUUAGAUUGGGAUACCGAAUUAACACAAGACUUGAUCCAAGAAUGGAACACAUUCUAUCGAGACUUGUUUUUAUUAAACCAAUUAAAAAUUUCGAGAUGUACAGUCAUACCUAAUUAUGUAACGAUACAAAUUCAUGGAUUUUGUGACAGCAGUAUUAAAGCCUAUGGCGCUGCCAUUUAUAUACGAUCGAGCGAUAGGGUAGGAAACGUCCAAGUUCACCUACUUUAUUCAAAAUCAAAAAUCACACCAAUUAAAUCCCAAACUGUUCCAAAUUUGGAACUUUGUUCCAGUUUACUUCUCGCAACACAUGUAGAUAAAGUAAAACGAGCAUUAAAAUGUGACCUUUCCGGAAUCAACCUGUGGUCAGAUUCAAAAAUAACUUUGUGUUGGAUUAAAAAUAGUAAUCUUAAAUUAACUUGUUUUGUUAGUAACAGAGUCACAAAAAUAUUAUCACUUACAAACAAGCAAGACUGUUCCUGGGUCCGCUCGGAGGAGAACCCCGCCGACCUUUUGUCCCGAGGGGUAGCACCAGGCAAGCUGGAAACCAACCAGUUAUGGUGGUCCGGGCCCGCGUGGUUAAGCCAGAGUUCUGACACAUGGCCAACCCACGAUUCUGAGUCACUGGAUCACAUACCCGAGGCCGAGAGCGACGUAGACAUAACACUCACCUUGGCUAUUAACACAGAAUCUAACGACACGAUACAAUAUCUUUUUCACAGGUGGUCUAGUGAUAAAACACUUAUUCAUGUAUUAGCAUACAUACUUCGAUUUAUAUAUAACACAAAAAAUAAAACACGAACAAUUAAUCCAAAUAUAAAAUUAUCAGGACCAUUGUCCGUAGAAGAAUUAAAAACAUCGGAUCACACAUUAAUCAGACAUUCACAAAUGGAAUCAUUUCCACAUGAAUAUAAAUUGUUGCAAAAUAACAAACCGGUUCUUAACAAAUCCAAAAUAUUAUCUUUACACCCAUUCAUGAAGGACGGACUCAUUCGCGUAGGCGGACGAAUCGGUCUUUCGCAUUAUGCAUAUGAAAAAAAGCACCCUUUAAUACUAAGUCACGAACACACGUUUACCAAACUACUGAUGGAAAAGCACACGUACGUACUCUGCACGCUGGCCCUCAGUUAUUACUAUCUACUAUUCGCGAGCGCAUCUGGCCAACUAAAGGUAGAAUGUUAGCUUCAAAAAUUGUAAAUAAAUGCGUUCCGUGUUUUAGAGCAAAUCCAAAGACUACUAACCCUAUAAUGGGAGACUUACCCCCCUCGAGGGUAAACCCAUCCCCCCCCUUUGCUAUCACGGGUAUCGAUUAUGGAGGACCUUAUAACAUUAGAGAUAGGACAGGACGUGGUUACAAGGUCUAUAAGUGCUAUAUUGCAGUAUUUAUUUGUUUUGCAACAAAGGCAAUUCAUCUCGAAUUAAUUACAGGGCUCGAGUCAGCCAACUUCCUGGCGGCCCUGCGACGGUUCAUCGCCAGGAGAGGUAAACCGAAGGAGUUGGUGAGUGACAAUUCAACAACUUUUCAUGGGGCUAGUAACGAACUGAAAGAUUU